UCUCCCCAAAUUUUGAGGAUCAUGUUGUCAUUUUGUCUUUCCUAUGCCAGAUAAGUCUUUUGGUGAAUCUGAGAUAUCCUUAUUCAAGCAAAUACAUAAUUAUGCUAAAGCAUGAUUGGGCAAAAAUCAUCAACAUAUGCUGAAGUCUGAGAUAUCAUUAUUCAGGCAAUACCUAGUUAUGGAAAUUGCAUAUUAUGUUAUUGAUCACGACGACCGAUCAUGAAAAUUACGACAAAGUAUGUCUUAUCUCAAAUCCGUUGAUCUAUUUUGUUAAUUUUACAACCUAACCGAAAAAAUAUAUUAUUGGGACAAAACUGUCAGCGCACACAAUAUGUAUUGUGGUAAAGCCUCUACAACUAAGAAAAUUGCUGCUCUAUGUAAAAUGAGGUUCUUAUUCUUAAAAGGAAGAUAGUUUUUGGGUAAGUUUGAGAUUAUCAUUAUUCGCACAAUACAUAAUUGUGGAAAUUGAUUCGUUACAUUUGAUGGUUUCAGGACGACCAUCAUGGCAAAAGAUGCAUUGGCCUUGUUGGAUCAUUUGCAUUGGAGUAAAUCUCAUGUUUUUGGUCACUCCAUGGGUUCUAUGAUUGCUUGCAAAUUGGCAGCGAUUGCACCUGAGAGAUUACACUCUUUGGCCUUGCUCAACGCCACUGGGGGUGGGUUUCAGUGCUUUCCCAAGUUAGACCGCCAGAUGUUGUCCCUCGUCUACCGUUUUCUAAGAGCAAAGACUCCUGAACAAAGAGCUGCGGUUGACCUGGAAACUCAUUAUACAAAGGAAUAUCUCGAAGAAGAAGUUGGUUCAAGCACAAGAAGGGAAAUUCUCCAUCAAGAAUAUGUUAAAGCCAUAACAUCAUCGGGGAUGCAGUCGAGCUGUGGAUUUGAAGGUCAAGUUAGUGCAUGUUGGACACAUAAACUUACAUCAAAAGAACUUGAUACAAUACGUUCAGCGGGGUUUCUGAUAUCAGUUAUCCAUGGCAGGUAUGAUAUCAUUGCUCAAUUAUAUCAUGCAAGGAAGCUAGCUGAGAACUUGCAACCUGCUGCAAGAUUGGUAGAACUCCACGGAGGACAUUUAGUGAGCCACGAAAGACCUCAUGAGGUUAAUCAAGCUUUGAUGGCGUUGAUAAAAGCAACAAAAUCAAAGCUUAGGCCAGAGGACUGGACAAAUUUAAUCCAGACAAAAUCUGGAUGGGCUAUGGAAGGGACAUCAAUGGCAGUGAAUAUUAGUAGGACUAGUGAGGGAGCAAAUUAUGUUGCAAGUUUCUGUAAUUUACUAGGAAAGUUACAAUUCAGCUUCCUUUACAUUAUAGGAGUAUUUGUAAUGGGCUUCAAACACUUGAAGACUAUUGCGACGGCGGCUAAGCCAGUCAGAGUGUCAGCCUCCAGCUAAUAAGGAUUAUGGAAAUAGUUCGCAAAAUUUGUUAUAAAGAAUAACAAGUGAAUGCUACAGGGGCUGGACAUUUGCCUAUGAAGGAGAAAAGGCAAUAGUCUUACAGAGGCAACUGCAUGAGUACAUAAAACUUGGAAAACUCCUGUUGUGAUGUACUCCAACAGCUAUUUAUUGUUGGUCUACAAAUUUUCCAACAGAGAUUUGUACUAUCAUAUGAUUACAAAGUUGUACC